CAUCGACAAGUUAUGAAAACGAUUCAGAUGUGUAUGGAUGCCCAUCAAGCCAUCUUUGAGGUGUGUACCUUGUAAAUAAUGGAGAAGGACCAACACAAUACUGUCGUCUUCAGUGCUUCCAAAAGAGAGCUGUUUACCGCGAACAAUGGAUAUAAAUCCCUGCAGAAGAGGCUCCGAGCUCAGUGGAGAAUCCAGAGUUUUAAGGAAGAACUCUCUGUGGAGAAGUUGAAAGGUGUCAAGUUGUGGAUCACUGCUGGCCCGAGGGAGAAGUUCACAGCAUUAGAGCUGGAGGCUCUGAAGCUCUACCUGGAUGGAGGGGGAAAUGUGCUGGUCAUGCUCGGCGAAGGAGGGGAAAUGAAAUAUGACACGAAUAUCAACUUUCUUCUGGAGGAGUUUGGAAUUAUCGUCAACAAUGAUGCUGUUGUGAGGAAUGCAUACUACAAAUACUUCCAUCCUAAGGAGGCGCUGGUGUCUGAUGGUGUACUAAACAGAGCGAUCAGUCGGGCCGCUGGGAAAGUGGUCACUGGAAUCUCUGAAGAUGAAAAUAUUGGAAACAAUACACAGCCUCUAACAUUUGUGUACCCAUAUGGUGCCACGCUGAGUGUGAUAAAGCCUGCCGUGGCUGUUCUUUCCACUGGUUCUGUCUGCUUCCCGCUCAACAGGCCCAUCCUGGCCUUCUACCAAGGAAAGCAGUCUGGCAGACUGGUUGUUUUGGGUUCCUGCCACAUGUUCAGUGAUCAGUACAUAGACAAAGAUGAGAACAAUAAAAUCGUGGAUGUUGUACUUCAGUGGCUCAUGACUGAUAAUGUUCAGCUGAACCAGAUUGAUGCAGAAAAUCCAGAGAUCGCAGAUUACUCCAUGUUGCCAGACACAGGAUGUUUGUCAGAACAGCUCAGAGGGUGUUUGCAAGAGGGAGAUGAAAACCCCAGAGACUUCACCUCCCUCUUUGACAUGUCUUUGUUCAAUCAAUCAGUCGACACUUUACCUCAAGUCAUAAGUACCUAUAAGCAACUUGAUGUAAAAAAUGAGACACUUACGCUGAUCACACCCCAGUUCGAGACCCCUCUGCCUGCACUUCAGCCUGCUGUCUUUCCACCUGCCAUAGAUGAUUUUCCUCCUCUUAUGCUGGAUCUGUUCAAUCUAGAUGAAACGUUCUCGUCAGAGAAGGUGCGCCUGGCACAGCUUACCAAUAAAUGCACUGAUGAAGAUCUGGAGUUCUAUGUCCGCAAAUGUGGGGAAAUUCUUGAUGUGACGCCCAACUUGGAUAAAGAGCAGAGGGAUGCCAAGCACAUCUUGGAACGCAUCUUUUUCCAGGUUGUAGAAUUCAAGAAACUAAACCAAGAGCACGAUAUUGAUGUCGAGCCCCAAUUCACACCAUCGUGAUCCACAUACACCACAAGCUGACCAAGAAGGCUUUGGAUUCAUGUAUGACAACCAGAAAGUGCAUUGAGUUUAUAUAAUUUAUUUAAAAAAAAAAAAAAAAAAAAAAAAAAACACUGAAAAGAAACCACAAAAUUCACUCGUUUAUUAGGCAGUCAUUUAAAAAUUGAUAGUCCACCCCGAUGAUUGUAGCCACAGGGAACUGCAAACAGAACUUCAAGGAUGUUGAUGUUAGGGUUCUUGUCAUCACCCCUCAGGUAAAAAUCACAGCGGAACUUCAGCUUUUGCACAUUGGAGCAGAUUUGGACUCAACGCCUGCUCCUGCGUGCUUGAUUCCAUCCAGAUCCUGGGACUGCUACUCUCCACGUUAAUCAGAGAAACAUCCCAUGAAACUUGUGAGGCAGUGAGAUCACUAUAUGACCGAUCAAAACUAGUUGCGUUUUCUGGCUUUUUAAUGAGUAUCUGGGGAUACUGAGGAGUGGAGGCUUUCUCCUGUGAUGGCGGGGCCAUGGUACAGUUACCAGUCGGAGUGUUGAUCCUAUGCAACGAAAACCUCUGACAAGGAGAAAUGGUGUCCGUUGAUAGGCAAAGAGAAGCCACUACAGAAAUCUUGCAGUCAGAGCCAUCAGCUGCUGCAUCAUUUGAUGUCUUUGAUGUAGACAUGGGGUCGAAAGACAAUGUCGACGUCAAACUCUGUUCGCCAAAAAACUUCUUGUCAAACUCUGAUGGAGAUGAGCAGUCAAAGCUUUCCAUAUCUAGAUGGAAAGAUUUUAAUCACCAUUAGGAAUUAAGUCCCAGCUAUAAAUUAAGACAUUUUCAGAAAACUAAAAACAAAUACCUUUAGUGAAAGAAGUUUUCUCCAUUGUGUCCAUGGCUUUCAAACACCACGUUACUUUCAGGUGGGUUUUAAACCUUCUGAAGCUGAUUGUUAAUUGGACCAGCUGGAGACUGAGUGGCUCAUCAGUCUGGAUAGGAAAAUGUUUUUUUUUUUAAAGUGUCGUAAGGGUUAUUUUAACUCUUUAUAUUCAAGUUUAAACUAAAGUAUACAUAUUUAAGAUUUGGUACUCUUAAAUUGUUUUAAUCUGUUUUUUCUUUGAUUCAAAGCCAUUUGUUUUGUAAGUUUAUAGUUUCCUAUACAUCAUCUAAACAUGAAGA